CUCAUGGCGAGUUCCUGCAGUGUUCAUGGUAUUGUUGGGGUCUAGGAUCCCCUCCUUCCCUUAUGCAUCCCAAUGUGAUUGUUGUAUCGCACGUCCACUUUCACGGAGUGGUUGGAUGAGUGCCUCCAACUGCACGCACGUUGAUUCCUAGCAGAGUGGUAGUACGAACUGCACCGUCUCAUGCAACAAGUGUGACUGUUCUAAUUGCGGGGGUUCUCUCCCCCCCACUGUCCCAAGCUUAUGGAUGCCGUCCACCCAUUCUGAAUUGUGUGGUAUACUGUUAUUACUUACAGUGUAUUACUUCACAACAACGUCCGAAGGCAAUGCACCGCUUGUACAUAACCAAACUUGCCUCGACCACUCUGCUGAAGUGACUCAGCUGCAGUACAGGGCUGUAUACAUGCAGUAUGCUGUCUGGUGGUCUAGUGGAGUGUAGGGUAUUAUAGUGCGCUCGUCGUCUCAGUGAACAUGUUCGGCAAGGAAACGGGCAAGAUUAUUCCUAUUCGUAUCACGAUCCCAUGGGGGAUAGGCAAAUCCACCCGAACGCCACAGGAUAACUCCGUCGCUGCAGGCUUGUAUGAUGUUUCCACACGAAUACUUGCUUCGCACACGUUUCAAGUUGCUCCCGCUCCGGAUCAGCGACUUUCAACACACGUUUCUUCCUCUAAGACUCCCCCUGGCCUAUGCUUUCGUGAUGUCUCCGAUAUCACUCAGAUAACGUUACCUGUGGUACAAGCAGCAAUGGAAGCAAUUCCGGUCGCCGGUGCUCCGCUGAAGGCUGCGAUCGGCGGGUUGCUAACUGUUCUUCAACUUAUAGAUAAACGUGCCCAGAACACAGACGACUUGAGUACCCUCACUCGCCUACUGUAUGAUCUCAGCCGUCAUUUGCUCGAUGCCCCAGCUGCUCGGAUUCCCCGUGAAGAAGAAAGGAGACGUAUGUUGAAGUGCAAGUUGGAAGGGAGUGCACACAAACUGUCGAAGAUGAGGAGUCGUACCAUAGUUGGAUCCCCCUCGCUCGCGGCAGAGAUAGCUGGAUGUUCGAACGAGAUUCUCAGUUAUCUUUCUCUCUACCAGGUAAUGUUGCGCGCGCGCGGUGAUAUUUUCAUCCAGUCGUUCUUGACUUAUUCUCUCUCUCCCUCUCCCUCUCUCUCUCUCGUUCAGUUCUCAUCCCAAAUGGACAUUCAAGCUGGUAUGGACCAUCUCAUUGCACUUGGAGAGAGCCAGCUAACAGAAUCUCAAGGAGUAGAGCGCAUUUUGAUGAUACUCGAGGCAGGACAGUCACUACCAGUAGCCAUGACCUCUAGUUGCGUGAUACUGGUGGAUGCAACAGAACAGGAACAUAACAUGCUACUUGAUCAGUGCAGCUCCUUCGAUCAACUGUGUGCUUUUUUGCCUGGCAUACUCACCCAAUGUCCACCAGAUAAAGCUGAGAUCCAACAAUGGUAUAUCAAAAGGGGACAGUAUGAUUUUGUGAUUGACGACAGUACUAACAUAACCCAACUGACAAGUGGAAGUAAUGCUUGGUCAACUAUUCAGCCAGGGACCAAAAUUGUCAUGAGGAUCAUUACCACAGAAGUCGUCAGGAGAUUUUCUGCAAGACAUCGGUGCCGUUGCGGAACUUGGAAUGAUGUCGAGGUUGAUGAUGCCACACUUUUGGAUGCAUUCGCACAUGGUUGCACCAUCACAUGUCGCCAUUGCCAGCGACGUUUUCAGAUCAUGGGCACCAAAAGGGACAAGGUCAGAAGCCAGCGGGGCGAAACAUUGCAAACCAGAGAUGAUGGACCGAUGGUGGAGGCAAACAGCCUCAUUCGCAAUUUUCUGGUGAAGCAAGUGUUGGAUGUGUGUGGCCUUCUAUCUUCUGGUGUUGGCCAGUUGCUAACCCUUGUGCUGCUAGUCUAUGGAUGA